AUGUCGAUUUCACCUAAAACUCCCAAAAAGAGGACAAGCAAAUUCCACAUUAAAUUGGUGCCAUUAUUAGGCAAAACCAAUUCCACAAAUAAACAACAAAAUGCUAAAAAUUUCAUCAAUUGGUACAAACAAAUAGUUGAUAAUGAUAGACAGAAACUUGGACUUUAUCUAUCAGAUGAUGUGACCCUAAAAUGGUUUGGUAGAAUAAUAAGAACAAGGAAAAAAGUCAACAGCUUUUUUCUAAAUCAUGUGGAAUAUUCAAAACAUAAUUUAACAUCAGUUGAUAGCAUAUCCAAGAUUAGGCAGAACCGGUCUCCAAGAAAAAGUGAUUCUUUUGAAAGCACAAUAUGUUCUGAAGUCCCACAACAGCAUUGUAAACGGAGAUUAGUGCAAUCCCCAAAUAAAAGCCCAGAUUGGGCUCCAGGUUGUAAACCUGACGACGAGUUCGAUGGCACAGAUAAGAAAAGGUCCAAGCAUGAUAUAACAGAAUACAUGGACUUUGAAGAUAAUACACAACUUAAUAGCUCUAGAGAAAUAAAACCUCAUUUUGAACUUAAUAAUAAAGGUGAUGGGAUUAAACACAGAAAGCAUGAACCCUUAACUCCAACUAACCUAGAGUGUGGACAAGGAGACUGUUUGCCAUCAACAAGCAGUGACUCUGACAAAUCUCAUGAAAUACUUAAUGCUCAGUUAUCUAAGCUAGCUGUGGAAUGCAAUGGUUAUGUGGAAUUUACACGCACGCGAAGUGUAUCAGACAGUGUCAAGUGGGAAAGGAAAUGUAAGUUGCAGAUAAGUUAUUCAGAAGACCCACUGAAUGUGGGAGAGUUUAUUGUGUGGAUGAUUUGUUAUAGCAAUAAAAGUAAUUGUAGAAGAAAUCUCUUGGCUGAAUUUAAUGAAGUGGGUAAAGAGGAAGCAUUCUAA